AUGCCUUCGGAUAUCAGGCCAAGGCAGGGAAGGCAUAGAUCGAAGAGCGCGGCUCUCCGUGGAGUACGCUCAAAGAUAACAACUUCUGAUAGCGGCCACCGAGGCGAGAAUCCGGCUCCCAGGAUGUUUCAAGGACCACAGAGAUCUGGUCCGACGAUCAACAUGGCGGCCGUCCCUCAGUUUGGCUUCUGGGCUGCAGUUCGCCAGUGUCUGCAAAAUAUGUGGUACCGGAGGAACUUGGGUCUGUUUCUGCUUUUAAUCUGGACUUUGGUGAUCCUGUGCUAUAUUGUGAACACCAAUUCUGUGUCUCCAAGAGAGAAAUUGCCAUGGCAUGGUGAAACUCUAGAACAUGGUUCCCACGGGGAAAUUUUGCUGAAUUUUUUCUUUCCAACAACAUGCAUCAUAAGAGAGAACCAGGAAGUGGUGGCAUGUAAUAAGAAGGCGUAUCUCAACAAGACUGAAUGUUUCAGAUCCAAGUGUUGCUUUUCAUCAUCUGGGACCAAAAUGAAGUGCUAUGCCCCACUGAGAGACAAGCCUCUACAGAUGCUCCGGGUGUUUGGGUGCUCUGUGAUCGUCAUGAUAAUCGUGGGACUUCUGCCUAUGUAUUGUUGCUCUCUUUGCCGCAGGAGGUGA